GAUUUGAGUUUUGUUUGAAUGGCUGAAGACGGAGUGGAGUAGUGUUUUUAAGUUUUUAGCAAUGUAGAAAUGGCAGCAAAGUUAAACCUGUCGGGGUCGCCGGACUCAGAAACGUCGUCUCUAAACGAGCAGUCAGUGUCCAGCAGCCGGAGCGUUAACAGAAGUCUAAGAGUCGCCGAAAAAGAGAGGAGAAAGAAUGAGGCGGAAGAUCCGUUUGUAGCUGCCCUGAAGUACUUCUCUGAUGUUGAAGCAGGUACUCCCGUGCUAGGCAAUGAUGAGGUGGAGAGGAACAUGGUCAUGGUGGAGAAGGUGGCCUACAGUAAAGGACUUUCUCCAGAGGCCGUCUCUAUCAUGCUGGAGUUUGCCAUGAGCCUCCGUAUGGGGACUGUUCUAUGUGCCCGGGUGUUGAAGUGUCUGAUUCCUGCCACUGUGGUGCCACAGGAGGCUGUUGUUCGAGCGGUGGUCUGGCUGGGAAUCAGCAAAAUACCUGUUACUACACAAAUUCUUUUCAUAAAGUGGGUAUUGACCGUAUUUGACAUGAUUGAUGCAAAAGACCAACUGCGAGCUAUCUAUGGCUUCAUCUUCAGCUUCGUUACAGAGGAAAAUCUGUGUCCCUUCAUCUGCCAUCUGCUGUACCUUUUGACCAGAAAGGAAAGCGUGCGAGUCUUCAGAGUCAGGAAAUUACUGGAGCUACAGUCUAAACUGGGAAGGCAGCCGUUCCUCCUGAGUCUACUGUCACUUUACAAAGUGUUUUGCCCUGAACUGGUGACGCUCUCCAUCCCAUCUCGAGUGAAGAGUGGGUUUAGGAACCACAAUAUGCCCUGGAAAUCAGCAUUGAUUGCCGUCCAGAAAAGGGCCGGUUCCCAGGUUGCCCCCAGCAUCAGUCUGGCCUUCACAACUAAAGAUAAGACCAACUCCAGGAAAAGGAAACACUGCCACCUGGAAUUGCCGGCGUUGAGUUCUGUCGUCUGUAAAGCGCCGACUGAGCCAUCAUCCAGUAGAAAAGUGGUCCCUCUGGUGCAGCUCAACUCUUUUGCUCAGCUCCUGGAAAAUAUGCAUCGCAUAGAGCUGCCUGCUCAGAUGGGCUCACUGCUGGGCUCCAGUCUGGCACUGCAGUACCUGGACUGUGUACAGGAUGAGUCUGCCCUCCUACGCCUCAACUUCUGGCUCGGCUACGCUCUCCAUGAAGAAUUUUUGUUCUGCGGCGAUGGAGGAGCCUCCCAGAAUUCAGAAGAAGCUCUGCAUUUUCUGAACAAGUUGCUGUCCACGCAGCACUUUCUCCAGGAGGGGUUUUCCAGUUCAGAGGCUUUUCUCUACAAAUUUCUCAACGUUUGGGAUGGUUCCCUCCUCCGCCCACAGAUCCUCGGCCUGCUGAGCAACAUUCCUGUUGUCCCCAGUUCCCAAAUUGGACAGCUUCUGUUUGAGCCCCUCAUGCAGCUCUUCUUCACAUCCUCGCUAUUUUUUAAGUGUGGACUGAUGGAGUGUCUAAACAGUAUGCUGCUGAAGUGGCUGACCUGGCACUCAGUGUACGCUCUGGAGGAUGACUUGGACAUCAGCCUCAACAGCCACACCUCCAUAAACAUGACUCUGUCGGGGUUCAAGGACUCAGUGAUGGAGCUGGUCGACUUUGUGGGUCGGCUGGCCUCUGUGGGCCUUCAGCUCGAAGGCUGCCACUCCCUCCUCCUCAGCUUCACUCUGGACUUCUAUGAGACGGUGUGUGACACGUUUCUGAAGUAUGGGCUCCCCCUUGUGGUGAUGCCUCCGCCUGGUGUUUUUUACCCAGCCCUGUUUGCCACUGACCCUGUUAGUGUGGACAGACUGGCCUACAUCAUGUACAGAUACAAGGUGAACUUGACAUCGGCCAAGAACGAAGAGAAAAUCAGAGAGCAGGCCUUUCACAUCAGCGGCCAGACGUUUCGUGAGUUCAACCACUAUGCAGUCGUCAUGGUCAACUGCCUGUGGAACUCCAGAAUGUUUCAACCAGGCAUGGGUAUACAGAUUGGGAACAAGCUGCUGCUUAAGAGCAGUGUGCCACAAUACUGGACAAGCUUUGACCUCAUCCACCAUCCUGCCUUUAUGAGCUACGCUGUCGACUUUCACCAGAAGUGUUGGCCGGGGACAAAGGACAUGGACCUCAAUUCCAUAAAGCAUUCCAAGCCGUGGAGCUGGUAUCUGGAGUAUUUGUUCAAUCAGGGUUACGACGGUCUCAAACAGUUUGUUCAGAGCAACAUCAGCCGGCAGCUGGCAACAGGCGAAGGGCAGGACGACAGUCUGUCCACACAGCAGAGGUAGAUGCUUGACUCAGUGGAGAGGAAAAACAACCACUAGCAUCUCAACCCACAUUUUUUUUAAAAGACUUGUACAUAUUUCAUCUCCUCGUCUCCUCCAGAUGAACUUCUUGCAAAUGAUCUGAAUAUCUUUUUAUGUAGAUAUAUGUAUCUGUGUUUAUUGUGUAUUCUCACUUAUAGUAUUUUGCAUUCAGCAAUACAGAUAUCCUGGCGGCCAUUUGCCAGAAGCAGUGUCAGUAGUAGGUUGAAGUUCAGUGAUUUCACAUUCAGCAGGGAAGAAGGUAUGUUUAAUGCAAAAAACAAAGUGGAAGAGGAUCUUUGGUAAUGCAUUUUCGUCUGUCAGGUCAGGGAGAAAUAUCCACCAGAUCUUACAUCACAGAACUUAUGAUCUCCAUAAAUGUUGACAAAAUACUGAAGAAUUUGCAGUAUUUUCUGUCUUCUUUGCAAUAAACAGACAUUCUUUGUUUAAUGACAACACUCUGACCUUGAACCAGCUUCUACACUGAAAACACAUUUUCUGUAGCUUAUUGUUUAUGUUUUUGUGUUGUGUUCUUGUACAGCUUGCCAUCUGCAAAACCUGACUCUUGCACCUUGAUGAAAAUAAAUAAGUGUAAGACUUUUAACAUAA